GUCGUUCUUGCUUACCUCAUGGACUGUGGACAGGCUCAUGGCCGCUGUCCAUCAGACAAAUCGUUCGGUGACUAUCCUACAGUUUGUCUUGCACAGAUACACCCAGGUUUUCUAUGUCGCAUCGAUAAAGGUGCAUCUACCAAGACCUGACACGACGUACUACCCUCCUUGUCCUACAAUCUCACCCACAUGGCUACCUCGGCUUCGUCUAGAGCGACACCUCCCCCUUCUCGGAGGACCUCUCACAGUGUCUCGCCUCCCUCAGCGGCCGUAAUGAGGAAUGCCUCAUCCGCUCGUGCAGCGUUGGCCACUGCUCGUGGCACUACCUCGACGAAUUCUGGUGUUUCACGCCACCCUUCUGUGAAGAGUCCCUCCAGUUCACUAGGCUCAGUACAUGAGUCAAGAGACAUUCUCUCUACUUCCCUCAGGCAGGAGACUGAGAAGAAGGAACAGUUAAUGAUUCAAUUGCAAAAUAAGGAUCAGACCAUUGGCAGCCUCACAAGCGAGAACGAUAGCCUCAUGUCUUCCCUUAACGCUGCUGAAUCCAGGCUUAGCGAAUUAUAUACCGAUCAAGCUCGCAUGGAGGAGGAAUUGGCAGCUCGUAUCGAAGUUAUCGACAAACUGAGAUCACAAACCCGGGACCUCGAGAAAGAGAAACGUGACCUUCAGAGACGCUAUAACGAACAGAUGUCUACGUUCGAUGCCGAGCGCCAAGCCUUCUACGACAAUGAACAACACCUCAAGCUCGUAAGCAAUCAGGAAUCUUCCCGGACCGUGGAUGCGGAACUGGAUGUGACCACGGAGGAAACGGUCUUACCCGGCAAUUCUUCUGAGUCCGUUUUCGCUCGAAAGCAAGACGUAGAUGACCCCGAGUGCGAACCAGCGGAGAUGACGGCUCUUCGUUUGGAAUUAUCUACGCUGUCGACGUCCUAUUCCUCUCUGCAAAGUACUCUCCAGCUUUUGCAAUCGCAGUUGGUGGACCUCAAACGUGUAAACAACCAGCUGCAGGAGGAGAACGAGAGUUAUAUGAUUCUCUUAAGGGAAAGGACAUUGAGUGGGCAAUUCGACCUCAUGAGACAAGUUGGUGGCACUCUUAGCACGACCUCCGGCUUCGAGGACGACGACCUUGCGAGCGAGGAUGACAUGGGUAGUCUGCGGAGUGCCGGACGGAGUGCAUUAGACGUAGUCGAAGAGAUUGCUGAGGAAGGCGAAGGUGUUGCGCAUCCGAAUUUCAACAGCGACCGACAAAUGGUCGAUUCGAGGCGUCGCCAUCCUCGCCACAAUCGCAAGAAUGGUUCUGUGUCUCGUUCACCUGGCCGCGUUCCCCGUGGCGAGUCCUUAGCUGACCUACCUGUGGCUGGGCCAGGCCUUGAUCUUGCUGCAGAGUUGGGGCGUGCUGAGAACAAAGGGAUCGAACUGGGGACUUCGAUCGACGAACGGGCUGGCCUCAGUAAGGGACGAAGGUGGAAAGGCUCCACGGAGCCAGGGCACAUUUCCUCAUCAGAAAGUCAAGAUCCAGUUACGACCUCCAGUGAUAUUGACGCACUUCGCAUGGAAGUAAAGUCUCUGAAGGAUGCCAACAAGGCACUGUCUUUGUACGCAUCUAAAAUCAUCGAUCGAAUUAUUGCGGAGGAGGGUUUCGAGCGUGUGCUCGCAGUUGACUACGAAAAAGGUCAGAAGACGCCAUCUGCUGCCACGCUCCCCCCAAAUUUCCCCCCUGUCCUUAACGCCGCCCCUCCAGUCGCGAAGGGCUCUAACCGUCGACCUCAAUCGAUGAUCUUUGGUCACACGGUAUCCAGUUCUGUAGUUGCAAGUCUCCAGGAGCCAACUCCUACGCCGGCUCUUUCGAGUAAUGUAGAUGCUUCUACGUCUACGCCCUCUAAUACGACGAAAGCACAACGACGGUCAUUAUCCUUCGACUGGAGGGGUUUUUCCAUGUUUGGAGGAGAGAAAAAGGCGGAGAACCCGGUUCUACGGCCACUGACCCUGAAAUCCGGAACUGCGUCCGUUACUAGUGCGCGGAAGCUAGAAACUUACGAAGAUGAGGAGGACCGAAGGGAACGAGAGCGCCUCCGUGCAACAAUGAAACUGUUGGGAAUUGAGAAACCUGAUUCUUCAUCCGUCGGUCGCGACAUUCCUACCGCAGUGCCAAUGCAGAAAAGCUACUCCUCCCCGUUAAGCCCGCCACCAACCGCGACACCUUUCAGUCGUUUCUCGAUAUUUAGAUCACGAUCGACUGGUAACUCUGGCAGUCCUACAGACAGCCCAGCUACUUCCCAAAGCGCUACAACACAUACUCCUGACGUCUCCAUAGAUGGCGGGACCGAGCUAACACGGGAAGCUUUGGAACAGGCAGAGGCAGAAAACACGCUCGCAGCACUCGAUGCUCACGAACGUAGCCUAAGCGAGGAAAUUGCGAAGGGAGGUACAGGAGGGUUCACAGAGAUCUCUCCGAAAAAUCUCAGUGACGAAUGGAGAAGCCGCAGAAGUAAGAUGAGUGGGGGUGGCGGAAGCGGUAGCACCGUCUGGAGCGCUGGCAUGAGUAGAGCUGGAGACGACCCCGAACCAUGA